CUUGGAUUCCGGGGAGGUCAUGUUGGGAAAACGGGUCUCUGGCAAGGGAAACGCCGCCGGCGACCCCGGGAACGCCCGAUUCCUCCACGAGAUCGAGACCCUCAGCAAGGCCCUCUCCCUCGAUCCCAAGAACCCCCGCCGCGCCCUUCCCCCUCCACCGCCGCCACCGGCGGCGACCACCACCACCCCCGAUCCGUCUCCGCCGGCAGAAUCCACUCCUCUGGCGAUCCGAAGGAGAAGCCGCCGUCGUCAUCGUCGUCGUCGCGCAAGGAGAAAAAGGCCUCGUCGUCGUUCUGGAGCUGGAAGCCCCUGCGGGCGCUCUCCCACAUCGGCCGCCGCCGCUUCGACUGCCGCUUCUCCCUUACCGUCCACUCCGUCGAGGGCGUGCCCCCGGCCCUUGCCGACGCCGCCCUCGCCGUCCACUGGAAGCGCACCACCGACCCCGCCGCCGCCGCCGCCGGCACCCGCCCCGCCCGCGUAUUCCACGGCGUCGCCGAGUUCGAGGAGACUCUCACCUACCGCUGCGCCGUCUACGGCACCCGGAGCGGCCCCCACAACGCGGCCAAAUACGAACCUAGACAUUUCUUGAUCUAUGUCACGGUGGUCGGCGCCCCUGGGCUGGACCUCGGGAAGAAUCUGGUAGACCUCACCAGGCUGCUGCCGCUCACGCUGGAGGAGCUGGAGGAGGAGGGGAAGGGAUUCCGGAAGUGGAGCACGAGCUUUCGGCUCUCAGGGAAGGCAAAGGGGGCGUCGCUUAACGUGAGCUUCGGACACUUGCUGGUCAGGGAUGGGUCGGCAGAGCCGGCUGGUGGGGAGAAGAAGAUUACGGAGUUUUUGAAUGCGCGGGCAAGGAAAUUUGAGAGGCAGGGCUCGGUGGGGCAGGUCAGGAGCCAGGUUCAAGGCCGGGAUCGGUCUCGGUCGGUGGAGGACGUGAAAGUGCUUCAUGAGGUCUUGCCGAGCUCAAAGUCGGAGGCAUCUGUUCUGGCUGAUACUGAAAAGGAAUUGGCGUGUGGGAAGUUUGAAGGUGACGAGCUGAGUACUGUGGAAGGUGGUUCAAAAUCAGAGCAUGAGGUUUUUGUUCAAAAAGAGGAAUCAAAGGAUUUGAAGCCUUGCACAGUGCCAGAGCCCAUCGAAGGGAAUGAGGAGUCGCCCAAAUUGAAAACUUGCACCUCAUUGGAAGAGUCCAUUGAAGGCAAUGAGGAAAAGGAGUGUGAUGAACCUGAAUUCAGUGUAAUUGAACAGGGAAUAGAGAUUGCCUCAAAGGAUCAAAAUUAUGAACCUACCUCAAAAAAGGUUGAGCCUGAGGUGGUUGAUGAUAGGGGUGGUGGGGUUGAUGAGAAAGAAGCGGAGGUGGGUGUGAAGCCAGAGGAACAAGAAGAGUCUUCACACCAACAAGAGUCUUCACACCAUGGUCAUAAUUCUGAAUGGAGCAGUUUGGAUGCAACCAUUGAUGAUUUGGCCUCGGUCUUCCAUAGCCUCUCAAUUCUUGAAUCAAAUGUGCCGGAGUCUCCGCAAUCCGAAGCCAAGCCAUCUCUGCAGCGGAAUUAUGUAGAUGUGAAGUCUAGUUACAAGACUGCAAGCAUGAAGUGCAAAUCCCAGAGCUUGGAUGAUGUUACAGAUUCCGUUGCUAGCGAGUUUCUAAGCAUGCUUGGUAUAGAGCAUAGCCCUUUCGGAUUGAGUUCUGACAGUGACCCAGAAUCACCAAGGGAGCGAUUGUGGAAGCAAUUUGAGAAGGAAUCACUAACCUCUGGUAAUGUUCUCUUUGGUCCUGAUGUUGAGUUGGGGGACGAAUCUGAUUGGGAUAAGUAUCCAGACAAUUUUGAUUUCUCGCCUGUUGUUCGCGAAGCUGAAACAGAGCUUCAGAAAGCAACUCAAGUUGGGUGCAGCAAGUCGAGGGCUAAAGUGCUGGAAGAUGCUGAGACAGAAGCUUUGAUGCGUCAGUGGGGUUUGGAUGAGAAGGUCUUUCAGUGCUCAUCACCUGGAAGCAGGUGUGGAUUUGGUAGUCCAAUUCAUCUUCCCCCAGAGGAGCCACUUGACUUGCCUCCUGUUGGAGAGGGCUUGGGUCCAUUUAUUCAGACAAAGGAUGGAGGAUUCCUGCGAUCCAUGAACCCAGCCCUCUUCAGGAAUGCAAAGAACAAUGGUAGUUUGGUCAUGCAGGUAUCUAGUCCCAUCGUAGUUCCUGCAGAAAUGGGUUCUGAGAUUAUGGAGAUAUUGCAACGUUUAGCUUCAGUUGGAAUUGAAAAGCUCUCAAUGCAAGCAAGCAAGCUAAUGCCUUUGGAAGAUAUCACUGGGAAAACGAUGCAACAGAUAGCCUGGGACGCUGCACCAGCACUGGGGGCAUGUGAGAGGCAAGAUCUGUUGCAGUAUCAGAACACAGAAGCAGAGUCAAGGAUUGGUCAGAAUGCUGCUGGUAGGAGGAAGAAGGGUAAAGGCUUGAAUCUAGCUUCAUCAGGUCAUGUGGAGAUGGGCUCAGAAUAUGUUUCACUGGAGGAUCUUGCUCCAUUAGCAAUGGAUAAGAUUGAAGCUCUUUCAAUUGAGGGGCUGAGGAUACAAUCUGGCGUGUCAGAUGAGGAGGCACCUUCUAACAUUAGCCCCAAAUCUAUUGGGGAAAUUUCUGCUUUGGAAGGAAAAGGGGCCAAGAAUAGUGUGUCACUGGGUUUAGAGGGUACUGCUGGAUUACAGCUUCUGGAUGUUAAGGAUUGUGGGGAUGACGUAGAUGGCUUGAUGGGUUUGUCUUUGACUCUGGAUGAGUGGAUGAGGCUUGAUUCUGGAAUGGUUGACGGAGAAGAUCAGAUCAAUGAUCGAACAUCGAAGAUUCUUGCAGCCCAUCAUGCUACUUCAAUGGACUUGUUUAGUGGGGGGUGGAAGGGAGAUAAAAGAGGAGGCAAGAGAUCUGGUAGAAGGUGGGGUUUGUUGGGGAAUAACUUUACAGUUGCACUUAUGGUGCAGCUUCGGGACCCCUUGCGUAACUAUGAGCCGGUUGGAACACCAAUGCUUUCAUUAAUUCAAGUGGAGAGGGUUUUUGUUCCCCCAAAGCCCAAAAUAUACAGCACGGUUUCAGAAAAAGGGAACAGUGAACAAGAUGAUGAGCCUGAGCCCAAGCCUGAGCCCGAAACUAAACCAUUGGCAAUGGAGGAGAAGAAUGAGGAAGAGGAUGCUAUUCCUCAAUUCAAAAUAAAGGAGGUUCAUGUUGCUGGUCUGAAGACCGAACCUGGAAAGAAAAAAGUAUGGGGUAAUCCUACACAGCAGCAAUCUGGUUCUAGGUGGUUGCUUGCUACUGGAAUGGGAAAGAGCAACAAGCAUCCGUUUAUGAAGUCAAAGGCUGUGACAAAACCUUCUCAAGGGACGACAAAAGUGCAGCCAGGAGAUACUCUUUGGAGCAUUUCUUCACGUGUUCAUGGCACUGGAGCCAAAUGGAAAGAGUUAGCAGCUCUCAACCCUCACAUACGAAAUCCCAAUAUCAUUCUCCCAAAUGAAACUAUUAGGUUGCAUUGAGAACUGUCAGCCAUCUUGCAGUCUAUCAUUAUACCUUUGGCAGCGAAAACAGAGUUAAAGUAGGUGAAAGUCAUCAAGAUUGGUUUUUCAGCUUAUCAGGGCAUAUAUCUGGUAUGGAUGAAUUCCAUCUAAUUGGGGUCAGAAGGUGGCUGUAUCUGAUUGUGGAGCUUUUCCCCCCUGUAUUUACUUCGAACUCAUUUUCAAGAUCCAUGAAAUAAAAUUUAACGGUAAAUGGAUUACCUCUUUGUAGGAAAGAAAUAUAUGUUUGUCUUUGCACUAUAUACAGGUUUCAGGUCUUAUCUGUUCCUCUAUGUUUAUCUUUGUUUUGAACUGUGUACAUGCAUGUCUGCUCAGGUGAGUAGCCAAUGCAUUUUUUAUGGAAAAUAUGACAUUUUUAACAUCAUUUGCCUUGUAAUUGGUUUCUUCAUUUCUAAGUUGCAUAUGAACAUGUGUUUUCCCAUAAAUAAAAGCUAUGUACUUUUUGUGUC